GAAUUGUCAGAAAACAAUCUGUCAAAGUAUGACGUGUUUCGGGAUCAUCCUAACGUAAUUUAAGUAUUACAUUGUUGUACUGAAAUUUCUAAUUGAUUCUGUUGAAGAAAAUAGUGAUCACUAAAAUAAAGGAGACUUUGAACAGUCAGUGAAUAAUAUUCAGUAACAGAUUCCAACUGCACUCCGCAUUAAAUCAGUAUAUCAGAGAUGUACUAAACGAGACAAACGCCUGCGUUUGAUUGGCGAAAAGAUGCACCAUAUUUAUGAAACUGUUAAAAAACCUCAACAAAAGUGUAAUACCAAUCUCAGUUUCAAGGAACUAUUUGGUUUAUCGAAGCGAGUGAGACACUUUUGCUCUGCCAUUUAAAAUAAUUGUUCCAUAUAUGAAUUUACAAAAAAAAUGUUAGAGUGAUUUUUUAUAUUUGUCAUAUAACAAACGGGGUUACUGGAUGUAGUAUUAAUGGAACAAGUACCUAGUACAAUAAACAUGACAAAAUCAGCUGCGUGAUGAAGCUUUGUUUACAUCUUUUAUGCACUAUCGGAGAUCAUCGCGUAAAAGUAACUAAAUAAUAGUGUUAAAGUAAUUUAGCAGAUAUAGAUAUAUUAAAAAAACCGAUAGAAUAACAACCAUAAGUAUCUGCAACUGUUAAUACAAAGUUUUGUGAGUGCAAUGUGUCAAUCGUUUUUUUUUUUUGUUAUCAUCCAUCCCACCACACUACGAAACAAUGGUUUAGUAAAACCCCUUUGCGAUGUUUUAAAUAAACUUAAGUAAAUGAGCAAUUCAAUUCAGUGUUAUAAAUAUGAAGGCGUAUGCACAGUUUUGUGUAUGCAAUAAGUGCUACAGCAGUUGUGUUGUGUUUUUUGUAAAGUGUAAUUGUAGUCACUGCAAAUAGAUACGGAAAGUGUCAUGUAAUAUCAAAAAAACAUAGUACUGCCAUAAAAUAGGAACAGUCGCCACGAAUAAUUUUUUAUCUGUUACAUUGAUGAACUAUCCACCAUAAUGAACGGUUCUAAAAUAUUGAUGUUGCAAUCUAUAAUAUAAAAAUGCAGUUCGGUCUGUCUGUCUGUCUGAUCCAUAUAGGCUCGAAAACUCCGUACCGAUCGACGUCAAAAUUUGUAUGUAGUGGUUUUUGGUGCCGUUAAAGGUUCCUAUGAUAGUUUGAGACCCCGCCCUCUUCUGGAAGAGAGGGGUUCCAUACAAAUGAAACACAAAUUUCUGCACAUCUCGACAACUAAUCAACUAAAUGGAACCAAAUUUGGCAGGUAAAUAUUCCGGAAAAGUUCCUCUACACAUCUCACCACCACCUCCACCUCCACCUUCACAGUCGUCAUCGGAGCAAAAUCUGAAGAAAAUGGGUAUUCCGGAUACGCAAUCUGAUUUUAAUCAAUGGUUGCAUGCAAUGAAAAUGGUAGCACGACUGCCCGGAGGAAUACCUCCAGAUUUUCGUCGGAAGUUAUGGAUGGCUCUCUCGGAUCGUUAUCUCCAAACGAAAAAAAUCAACUGGGAGCAGGAAAGCAAAACAUAUUUGAGUGAGCAGUCGAAUGAAGAUGACGAAGAGCUAGGAAUUCAAAUAGUGAAGGAUCUACAUCGAACAGGUUCUAGUCUAUGUACCGGUCCUUCUGGCGCAGUGAACCAGGCCAAACUAAAGCGAGUUCUGCUAGGAUACUCAAGAUUCAAUCCAGAAGUAGGUUAUUGUCAGGGAUUCAAUAUGCUUGGAGCCUUGAUUCUUCAAGUUAUGGAUAAAAACGAAAUAGAUUCAAUGAAAGUUAUGAUUUUGCUGAUAGAAGGGUUGCUACCGGCUGGAUAUUUUUGUGGUUCACUAGGUGGGCUUCAAGCGGAUAUGGCGGUCUUUCGUGAUCUCUUAGGAACAAAGUUACCUAAGCUAGCUCGCCAUUUGCAAAAGCUACAAGGACCUGAAUGUGCUUUUGAACCUCCUUUGACAAACGUGUUUACAAUGCAAUGGUUCCUCACAUUAUUCUGCACCUGUCUACCUAUUCCUGCAGUGCUUCGAAUUUGGGAUUUGAUUUUAAUCGAGGGUAGUGACGUUUUAUUACGUACUGCCUUAUCCAUCUGGGGACUACUAGAAAGUCGCAUUUUACAAACCAAAACUGCUGACGAUUUCUAUUGUAAAAUGGGUGCACUUUCGUCCGAACUUGUCAAUGGCAAUCUUAUAGACUGUAAUGAACUCAUCCAAAGAAUUGUCGAUAUAGGACCUAUUGCAGAUUUGGACCACCUACGUGAAAAACAUUUGACAAGUAUAACGCAAUUAAAUGAAUCUUCCAAUCUUAGGAUAUUUUACUCUGACGAUGAGUGUGAAUCCGAUGAAGAAUCACGAUUAACAGUAACUGCAACUGCAUGGGGUCUGCGUUCCGGAAGAAGGUCUUCUUUAGGGUUUUCGACAAAUAUGCGCAAUUCUGGCGAAGGAAAAGAAAAAAUUAAUCUCGAUAUAUCAUUAUUGAAGAAGCAGUACGUUAAACUACGAGAGCGCCAAAGACAGGCUCAUAUCAUUUUGACUGCUGCAGUAGCUAGACAGUCCACUUCAGGAACACAGAGCAGUAGCACACAACAAAUACAGCAGCUGCUAGUAGGUAAAAACGCUAUACUAAGUAACAAAGGAAAGCGGUUGGGUCCACCACAAGGCGCUGUACCGCCUGCGCGUGUCUCAAAAGUGGGUAAGCAAUCUAAAUUGAGUACGUCAAAACCAAUUGAAACCUUACAUUGGAAAGAUAUGGACGAGAAGCAACGACGAGGCAGUAUAAAGCGGAAAGAUGUGCAAAAGGAUAAUAGAAAACCUACAGUAAAAGACGAUUUCGAUUUAGCGAAACAGGAACCUCCGAAGCUGAUCAAAUCGCUAAGUGCGUCAUCUGCAAUUAGUAACUUAUCCGAAAGCGGAGUCAAACGGCGCAGCGAAUCAUCAUCUUACAGCGAAGAAUCAGAUGUUGACUCAAGUACUAGUACCUCACUGUGCGAUGACGAUCUCCAAUUACUGAGUGCUUCUUCACUUGAAGCUUCUCCAAUGAAACGACGUUUGACACCGGACAGCAUUCAAGAAGUGCCUGACGAAGAGCGAUUGAUUGUGACUUCUGAUGAUGUAUCAUGUUACAAUAGUUCUGAGGUAGUUGAUGCUCAAAAUAUUGGAUUUACUCUAUCAGGCAUUGCAGAAGAAAGUUUUAUUGAGCCACAUAAUAAUUCGACGACUGUUAAACUUAACUCCAACAAGCAUGAACAAGAUAACGAUGUUUCAGCGAACAUUGUGAAACAUAAAUAUCCAGAUUUAGUAUUACCUAGUCCUUCAAACGAUGAAUCGCUCCCAAUUACGAUUACAAGUACAAACCAAUUAUCCCCCAUCCCUGAUAUAUGUCAUUAUGUCAGUAUGUCUACGAUAAGUCCCUUGAGGACCCCAUCAUCGAUUGUGGAUUUUUCUGAUUAUCUUAAUAAUAUACCAAAUGAGAGCAUUGCAGCAAAUGCAGUGUCCAAGGAUGUUAAAAGUAAUGUGGAGUUCAACGUAAACGAAGAAGGAGUAACCAAUCAGCUCUUCGAAAGAAUGAAUGUAGCUGAGCGUCCUAAUAAAUUAGAUUUAAUUGUAUUCAAAGAAAGAAAAGUUAGCGAGUCUCUAGCUAACACGACUGAAAGCAUAGUUGAUCAAAGUGAUAACACAUCAAAGAUAGAUAAUUACAGCUUCACAGAUGCCUCUAGCAGGACAUCAAUAUCUGCAUCUUUUGUCCGUGAAUUACCAACAGGAGCAGCACAACACAACGAUGUACCAUUUUUACCAUCAAAUACUGAUAUGUCAACUAUUAUUUCUGCAAAUUCUCCAACUCAAAAAGGACAUAGAUUUCAAAUAGUAAGUGCAACGACGCCAUCACCGAAAAAUAGUCCAGAAAAUGGUGAUGUAAAUUUUACAAGUCGCGUAAGAUUUUUGAAAGAAAAAUCCUUUUCAAUGGAUGAUCCAAUUAAAAGUGAUGAUAUUCAUCAAGAAGAUAUCGCUAAGAGAUCUGCUUCAGAAGGUUUGGUGUCAGCGGAUUUGAAUUCGUAUAAAUGCAAUAAAAUGUUUGAAAUUAUAAAAGAAAACUCACUGAUUUUAGAUCGCAUGAUCAAAAAACCCAACCGAAAUGAUAUAAGCUGCUUGAACGAAAGUAUUGAUUGUAGUAGUAAUGAUAGGACGGAUGUGAAUUGUAAUGAUAAUAUUAGGACAGAUAUGGAUGACUUGAAAUGUUCAAAUUUGAACCAAAACGAAGACGAAAUACAAACAGAAAAUGAUGAUAAUUCCAACACAUCUCCAAAUGUAACAGAUUCUCUAAAAACAAAUUAUGCUUGUUCGAUUACUGGCAUUGAACAAACACGACUACUAUCGAACAUAAUGCUUCAGAAAAAACUUGAGCUCAAAUCAAAUACGUUAGGAAUUGAAAACGUGGCAAAACUGACUUCCAAAAAAAACGGAGAAGCGAAAAUGUGCAACGAAAGUAUCGAUUCUUAUGUUUCUUCCGGGCAGCCUAUAUCUAAAACGGAUCUUUUGAUUAAACGUACAGAAGAACAACUUGCUCGCUUCAAAGAACCGGAACCGCAGGUAUAUUAUAUACGGAAUGAGAAUUUCCAAAAAAAUAUUACACCGGAAGAAGAAAAAGAAUUUUCAUUGACUAAAGCUGUUUCUAAACAAGCAGCAUUAGAAUGCAAUUUUUUGAGCGAGACAUUGAUGGAAGACAUCGAGUUACAAUCAUCAAAAAACACAUUAAAUAAAACAAAUGAGCCAGAUUCACGGCCCAAGGCUUCUAUUACUGUGAAACAACAAAAUUUUCAUAAUCUUGCAUCAUUCGACAAAAGUGGAACAAGUUUGGCAUUUACUGAAGUAGACACUAGAUCGUCUUCAGCAUCUAAAACAGACGAGUUGAUAAAAAAAGGUGAAGAACAAUUGGCAAAAUUUAAAAAUCACGAUAAAAAAGUCUUGGAGCGACUAGAGAAACGCCUCUCUUUAAUUGAUUUCAAACCAGAAGAUAUGAUUUCAAUGAGUCAAGAAAAUUCUGAAAGAAAAACAUACAGUAAAACUGAACAAGUGAUUAAAAAAUCCGAAGAGCAAAUUUCACGUAUUAAAAUCGAAAGUCCGUUUAUUACAAAAAUAUUUCCUACGCGUCCAUUUGAUGAAGAAGUGGGUUCUAUAGACAUCAUGUCGGUUUCGUGUUCAUCUAAAACUGAAGAGAUAAUUAAAAAAACGGAUGAACAACUUGCUAGAUUCAAAGCCGCUGCAGAGAGUAACGCGGAAAAAAGGAAAAGCCGACAUGAAAUCAACGAGUUACUACAAUUACGAGUAGAAUCACCAGACUUGUUGAGCAGAUCUUCUGAUCUUUCUAUUAAAUUCGAAGACAUUUCCAUACGAGAUGAAAGCGAAGCCAUUAUUAUAAAAAAUGCCCAAGCUGAGUUAUUGAAAACGAUUAAAAUACCUGACGAGGUUAAAAGUUCAAAAACCGACACUAUAAUUAAAAGAAUCGAAGAUGGAAAAAUUAAGUUGGGAGAAGACUAUAUAACUACUAUUAAAACAAUUGACUAUCUAAAACAAUCGAAUGCCAAUUUAUCUGCUACUUUAUCUUCGAUAGAGAGUUCAAUUAAAGCGAUCGAUGGACUUUGUGAUCACGAUUCGGAAGUUCAGUCUAACAGGAUAAACGAUACUAUUCAAAACCUAGAAAAAUCUCUUAAACAAUUCGAUAGUUUCUAUGUCGAAACUCCUAUUGUUUUGGUUCACGAUUGUUCCAAUAACAACCGCUGCAGACCUUCAUCAACUAACCGACCCAGCAGACCCCGUAAACGAAGAGAAUAUUCCCCACGGCGAAAAAAAGGCAAAGAUCGCGACGAAAAAAGCACCUUUUACAACCAAACAGAUAACAGUACUGACCAUUCACCUGAUAAUCUAUCAUCGGAUAGAGAAUCCUCGAAGACUUAUACUUUUCAUUCGUUUUACAGUACUUCACCUCCGAUCACACCCAGAGUCGUAUCGCCGCUUACAAUUUCUGCUGAGAAUAUUGAAUACAGGCGACCGCUUUGUUUCAAAAGUUCAUCUCACGACCGCUAUCUCUUACAAAAGGAAGUACAGUUUAUUAAGUUUGACAAAUCACCAUCAUCUCCGAUUAUUAAUAAAUCUUGCCUCGAAUCGCUUUUACCAGCUACUCCAAUUGUAUCAGACCGUACUACGCGGUCUGCUGAAAACUCUCCACCGUUAACGCAUAAUGCAAUCGGUGGUAUUCAGAAUAGUUUACUACAUCACCAAACCAAACAGUGCGGGAGUGAAUACUCACACAUCAAUAAAAGCUGUGAAAAUAUCCUGAUGCGAUUCGACCGCAAAAGUAUAUCAGCCAUAGCUGCUAGCUAUCCGGUAGCCAGCACUAUUUUGCCCUCUCCCACAAUGUGUACGAGCCUUAAUUUAAAACACGAAACUACACUAAAUUUUGAUUUGUCAGCAUCGCCAAAUAAAAAUUUGAACUAACUGUUAUUUACGACUGUAUGUAAAUUAAUUUAAUAAUUAUUUCAACUGUGAUAUAUAGUUAGCGAUAAGCACUUACGAUUUAAAUAUAGAUGAAUGUAAAUCAAAUACGAAUACGAUUUGAAAUUGUUAAAAUUCAAUGUAAUAAACAACAUCUCCAAAUUUUCUCAUCUGAAAUCAGGGAUUAAUGAAUUUA